AAUUAUGUUGCGGAAUCUAAAUCCUCCUAAAUUGUGUAAUGGUACACGAUUGUCCGUCAAGAAACUGAUGAACAAUGUAAUACAAUCAACGAUCAUCAAGGGCAAUUUCAAAGGGGAGGAAGUCCUUAUCCCACGAAUUCCGACCAUUCCAACAGAUCUUUCAUUUCAGUUUAAGCGGAUUCAGUUUCCUGUUAGAUUGGCUUUUGCGAUGACAAUCAAUAAAUCGCAAGGCCAAUCGUUGGAAGUCUGUGGGAUCAAUUUGAAAUUUCCAUGUUUUUCGCACGGGCAGCUGUACGUUGCCAGUUCGCGUGUUGGAAAACCGUCUUCGUUGUUUAUUUUUGCACCAGAAAACAAAACGAAAAACAUUGUUUAUCAAAAUGCAAUAUAUUGA